UGUACUAUAUAUUUCUCGUUUUGGGUAGUCUUGAAUUAUUCAGACCAAAGGCGCGGAUUCUCGCUCCUUCGCUAGGUUUCCGUUUCUCUUCUAUAUAUCUAUAUCUAUCUAUAUAUCUAUUUGUAUAUACAUAUUUAAACCCUUCUUUGGAGCUCCUCUGUAUGUGUAAUCUAUCAAGGUUUUGGUUAAAUUGCAGGCGAGUUUUCGCGGGUUCUUGAUCUGGGUUUUGAAACUUCAUGUAUUUUGGGGAUGUUGCUAAUGAAUCUGGUUGAAUUGUAGGUGGUUAUUGUUGAUUUUGGGAAUUGUUUGGCGACGAGGAUUUUGAGUUGGGUUCUAUGAAUUCAUGAGUUUUUGGUUUACGUUGGUGAAUCUGAUUUAAUUAUAGGUGCUUUUGAAAUUGCGUUUCAUCCUCAAUAUCAUGGGCAAUUGAUAAAUUUGGUUGAGUUAUUUCUAGGUCCAUGUUUAUUUCAUAAUUUAUUGGUCUUGAAGGUUCUGGGGGGUUUCAUUUAUCGUGAGGCUUUGAGUGUCAGUUCAUGAAUUGGCUAAAUUGUCUGUAGGUUUAUGGUGAUUUCCUGAAUUGAGUUGUUGUCUUGGUGAUUGUGACGAGGUUUUGUCUUGUGACAAUGCCUUCGACAGAUCAUCAGGGCUCUUCUAUGCCUUUUGCUUCGUUUCGUCGCUCAAUUUUAAAUAUUAGGAGUGAUCAGGUUCAUUCUAUGGAAAUGAACCUCGAUUCUGUUGCUCGGGAUUCAGAGCUGGAAGCAUUCUACAAACAGAUCUUCGAUCGAUUUCGUGAUCUUUCAGCUGCUAAUGCUGAUGAAUUUCUCUCUGCUACAUGGUUACAGAAGCUAUUGGAUGCUUUCCUUGGUUGUCAGGAAGAGUUUAGGGUUAUUUUGUGCAAAAACAGUGCACGGCUCUUGAAACCCCCUUUGGAUAGGUUUGUUUCUGAAUUCUUUGAGAAGAGCGUUAAGGCCCUUGAUAUUUGUAAUGCAACUCGUGAUGGAAUUGAGAAGAUUCGGAUGUGGCAGAAGAACUUGGAGAUUGUUCUCUGUGCCUUGGACUCUCGACAGAGGAUGUUUGGAGAAGGUCAGUUUCGUCGAGCGAGGAAAGCUUUGAUGGAUUUGGCACUUGUAAUGUUGGAUGAGAAGGAAACUGGAUCUGUUCUUUCCCAACGGAACCGAUCUUUUGGGCGUAAUAACACAAGCAAGGAUCACAAUCGUCAUAAGCCAGGUCAUUCACGGUCUCUCUCUUGGAGCGUAUCUCGUUCUUGGUCAUCAGCAAAGCAGCUUCAAUCUAUUGCAAACAGUUUGGUCCCUCCACGUGCGAAUGAGGUCGUGGCUACUAAUGGCCUUGCAGUCCCAGUUUUUGCAAUGAGUUCUGUGCUCAUGUUUGUCUUGUGGACUCUGGUUGCUGCAAUCCCUUGUCAAGAUCGAGGCCUUCAGAUUCAUUUCACAAUCCCACGCCAAUACUCAUGGGGUACUCCGUUGCUUUUGCUUCAUGAUCGGAUUUUGGAUGAAUCUAAGAAGCGUGACCGUCACAACUGUAAUGGGUUGUUGAAGGAGGUUUAUCAGAUCGAGAAAUCCAUUCGUCACAUGACAGACUUGGUAGAUUCAGUUCAGUUUCCACUGACGGAGGAACAGAAGGAAGAAGUGGAACGUGGAGUGCAAGAACUAACACUCGCUUUUGAUGCUUGUAAGAAUGGGCUUGAUCCAUUGGAGUGUGAAGUGAGGGAAGCGUUUCGUAAGAUUAUGAGUUGCCGAACCGAAGGUCUUGAAUUCUUGAACAAGGGAAACACUACUGGGUAAUUUGAAUUGGUAUAAAAGCUACAGAGAAUCAAAUAUAGAAAUUUGCGAACGUGUCGUUAUUUCAACUUUUGCCUGGGAUGGUCAGCAACAAUAAAAGAUUGAUCAGGUAAAGUUUUGUACUUAUUGGUAUAUCAUCUGUAGAGAACAUAAUGUUUAUUGGAUUGUCCUGUUUUAUGGGUUUGUUGUCAGGUUUGCUUUGGUUUUGUAUACUGGUUAAUCUUUUGUUUGCUCCCCAUGUUUCAUGUUUGCUUCACAUAUUUAUUUAUUUAUUUCCCUUCCUUGUAGUAAUAUACACUUUUUUUUUUAAUCUUUUAUUGUCCAAA